AUUUGCUUAUUUUUCACGUGUGGUACCGCCAGAUAAUUUGCAAGCCACUGCUAUGGCGCAUGUGGUCUCGGCAUUAGGUUGGACUUAUGUCCAUGCAAUCGCUAUAACUGGCUCUUAUGGAGAACGUGGGAUUGAUUCUUUUCGUGCUGCAGCUGCUAAAGUUGGUGUAUGUAUUGAUGGUGACGUCCAUAAAAUCAAUC